AUGGAGGACACAAAAGACUAUGAGGAUCCAGCAAACAGGAAGACAGGAUUGGUGAAGUCUCAGGCUCACCCCGUGUUGAAGGCGUUCCUCUGUGGUUCUCUCAGCGGUACCUGCUCCACUCUGCUCUUCCAGCCUCUGGACCUGGUCAAGACCCGGCUGCAGACCCAACAGAACUGUGUGCACAACGGGUCUGCUCGUGUUGGCAUGGUAACUGUGUUCAUCAACGUGAUUCGCACAGAGAAGCUGCUGGGGCUGUGGAAGGGAGUGUCACCGUCGUUUGCUCGCUGUAUCCCGGGGGUCGGACUCUAUUUCAGUUCGUUCUUCUCUCUGAAGCAGCGGUUCUUCAGUGAGCGGAGCCCCUCUGCACUGGAGUCGGUGUUCCUGGGGGCCGGGGCUCGCACGGUGGCGGGGGUCUGCAUGCUGCCCGUCACCGUGGUGAAGACCAGGUUCGAGAGUGGCAGGUUCAGCUAUGGCAGUGUCUCUGGGGCUCUGUGCUCCAUGUAUCGCACCGAGGGGCUACGUUCUCUCUUCAGCGGCCUCACCGCCACCCUGCUGCGGGACGCGCCUUUCUCCGGGAUCUACGUCCUGUUCUACACCCAGAGCAAGAAGAGCCUGCCCCCAGAGCUCGUCAGCGCCCCCUGUCUGCCCCUGCUGAAUUUCAGCUGUGGCAUCGUGGCUGGUGUGCUCGCCUCUCUCGCCACGCAGCCCGCUGAUGUGGUGAAGACUCGGGUUCAAGUCUCUCCGGGGAAGCUCGGAGGCACGAAGGAGGCGAUCGUAUACAUCUUCAGGACGCAGGGUGUGGUGGGGUUCUUCAGUGGCGCGGUGCCACGCUGUCUGAGACGCACUCUGAUGGCUGCGAUGGCGUGGACUGUCUACGAGCAGCUGAUGGCAAAGAUGGGGUUAAAAUCCUGAACGAGAGGAGAGGAAAAAAAACAAAAAAAAAGACAAAACUGAAGAAAAGAAGUCUGGCUUGAGUUUCGCUGCGAGAGAAACAGACAGGCACUUUAAUUAUUCUGAGCGAGUUUGUGAGAGACGCAAACGCACAUUUCCUGUAUGAACGGGGGGGCAAAGACCUGAGCGUGGCACGCGUGGGAAACAAGUCCCCCUCUUCCCCUCCCCUUCUAAACGAAGUCGCUUCCCUGACUCUCUUAAAGCUUCCUGCUGACCCAGGAGUACGAAAGCACUUUAAAAAAACUCUAUAGAGGAGACAAGCGAAGAGGAGAGAAACUGAGGUGGCAUUUUCCUAUGAAAAGAUGCAACUAAAAUUAAAAUUCACACAAGAGAGAUGCACAGAACAAGUUUGAGAGACAAUGAAAAAUCUGCGUUUGAACCAAUGGCACGACAAGCGGGGCGGUGACAGUGAGGUGAUGUGUUUCUAUUGGAUGAAGAAGUUGCCAUGACAGUCACGCACACACACACUCCUGGACUAGCUGUUGCAGAAUCACAUCGCUGCGGUCAGAGAGAGAGAGAGAAUGAGAGAGAGAGAGAGGAAAUUGACCCACACAUUUUUAAUUUUAUUUUUUCCUAAAUCCAGAAGGAUUUUGAAAUCCCAAAUGUGUUGUUGUGUUUUUGUUUUUAACUAAUGAAACGGUGUGAUGCUCUGCGCAGUGUGAUGCAAGGCGUGCAAUAUUAACCGAGGGCUGUGUGGUGAUUGCUGGGGGUCAGUGUGUCUCUCGUUUAGCUGACAGGCUCAGGGCUGCACUUGAAGCUGUCCUGUGUUUUCAGUGGCUAUGUGGUGAUUGCUGGGGGUCAGUGUGUCUCUCGUUUAGCUGACAGGCUCAGGGCUGCACUUGAGGCUGUCCUGUGUUUUCAGUGGCUGUGUGUCGCUGUGCUGGCAGGGGAGUAUCACUAAUAAAAUGAUUUAAACUGGC